GCUCCAGUCCGCUUUUUGCCUCCGACUGCUGGCUCCUUCCCCACCCGCCGUCCCUCGCCCCGCCCCGCCCCGCCCCCCACCUUGGGGCAGGUGAGCGGCGGCCAAUGGGCGAGCGCGGGGCAGGUGCCGGCUAACUCGCGCCUCGCAGAGCAGCGGCCGAGGCUGAGCUGGGCAGUGCUGGGAGGACCAGGGGCGGGGGUCGGUCCUGGCUGGACUCGGGAGGGAGGGGGCCGGGCUCAGCCCCCAGGCCGUAGAGGCAGCUCGUAGCCUCGCACGGAACCCGCGCCAGUGCCUGUGCCGGGAGCUGCCCGCUCGGCCCCAGAGGCCGGCGCGCCUAGCUGCGCGCCGUGGCCCGACUCCGCGUUCGCUCGCUCGCACGCCCCUCGCCUCACCGCGCCUGGCUCGCCGGCCGGGUCUGAGCGCGGGCGGGCGGGCGGGGGAGGUGAGGGGUGCUGGUGUGUGUGCAUGUGCCUGGCUGGGUGCACACCCCGCACGGCGGCGGCGCCAGGACGCGGAGCGCUCCCCAGAGCCCAGCUGCCUCGCUCGGCUCUGGAGACCGCGACCAUGUUCCAGCCCACAGCCAAACGCGGCUUUACCAUCGAGUCCUUGGUAGCCAAGGACGGCGGCACCGGCGGGGGCACUGGCGGCGGGGGCGCCGGCUCCCAUCCCCUGGCGGCGGCCGCCUCGGAGGAGCCACUCCGGCCCACGGCGCUCAAUUACCCUCACCCCGGCGCGGCCGAGGCGGCCUUCGUGAGCGGCUUCCCCGCUGCCGCCGCCGCCGCCGCCGCCGCGGGCGCCGGCCGCUCGCUCUACGGUGGGCCCGAGCUUGUGUUCCCCGAGGCCAUGAACCACCCCGCGCUGACCGUGCACCCGGCGCACCAGCUGGGCGCCUCCCCGCUGCAGCCCCCGCACUCCUUCUUCGGCGCCCAGCACCGGGACCCUCUGCACUUCUACCCCUGGGUCCUGCGGAACCGCUUCUUCGGCCACCGCUUCCAGGCGAGCGACGUGCCCCAGGACGGGCUGCUUCUGCACGGCCCCUUCGCUCGCAAGCCCAAGCGGAUCCGCACGGCCUUCUCGCCCUCGCAGCUCCUGCGGCUGGAGCGCGCCUUCGAGAAGAACCACUACGUGGUGGGCGCCGAGCGGAAGCAGCUGGCCGGCAGCCUCAGCCUCUCCGAGACGCAGGUGAAGGUGUGGUUCCAGAACCGGAGGACAAAGUACAAGCGGCAGAAGCUGGAGGAAGAGGGGCCUGAGUCUGAGCAGAAGAAGAAGGGCUCCCACCACAUCAACCGGUGGCGCAUCGCCACGAAGCAGGCCAACGGGGAGGACAUCGAUGUCACCUCCAAUGACUAGGGGGGGGCAGCCACGGAUCCAUGAGGGCAGAGCGUCUGCUCGCUGCUGGCCAGGCCCCCGGGUGGGCCCAGCUGGACUCUGGCCGCUCCCCCGCCAGGCUUCGGGGAGGCCUCGAGUCACGGCCUCACAGGGCUUGGAGCCUGGGGCUACCACUGCCAGAGGGACAAGAAAUGGGCUGGCUGAGGCCUGGGACUGCUCAACCUUCUCCUCGGAGAGCCUGCCUGCCUGGGCGGGCUGCCAGCCACUGCAGCCUCCCAGCCAUUCUCCAUUUCUCUUAUCUCCUGUUUGUUUUGAUGCGUUUCUGUUUUAAUUUAUUUUCCAGGCACCCGCUGUAGUUCUUAGUGAUCCCCUUGUAUCUCCCUUCCCUAUGGGAAUAAUAAAAGUCUCUCUCUUAAUGA